AAGGCGUUGGGUAAAGGCGGGGAAGAGGGGCACAUUUGAGAACGUGUCACUCUCCCGACGCACUGUAAUGAGGCGAGUUGAGACCAUCGCUGGAAACUUGGAGCUUCAGCUGAAGAACAGAACGGCCGACUUUGACUGUUUUUCGCUGGCUUUGGAUGAGAGCUGCGAUGUACGUGACACCCCCCAGCUGCUCAUCUUCUUACGUGGGAUAACUGCAGACUUUCAAAUCACGGAGGAGCUGGCAGCCAUGCAGUCAAUUAAAGAGACAACCACAGAAAGAAACAAGCCAGCAUUAGCGACUUGGUACAAAGGAAGGUCUGCACACCACAGCAAGCGGCUGCAUUGACUGAUUGUAUCCUGAAUAUGUUGGUAACCCCAAAAGGGACACGCGGUAGACAAUGGAUGGAUGGAUGGAUGGAUGACAUGAGGCCACUAUCAAUGGUGGAGGUUGAAGGUUUUAGACAAAUGAUUCACGUCCUCAACCCUGGUUACAUUGCUCCCUCGAGGACCCCUUUUACCAAACUGAUGGAGAGGAAGUACGAGCAGACAUUCCAAGCAGUGUAGACUGACAUAAAAUUGCUCUCCCUACUGAUGUGUGGACAAGUGUAGCCACGGAAGCCUACCUUGGCAAUACAUGCCAUUACAUUGGAGACGACUGGAACGUGAAGUCGGUCUGCCUUACGACCAUGCCACUAGGGGAAAGACAUUCAGCAUCCAACAUUGCAGAAUGGUUGGAAUAGGUAGUAGCCAGGUGUGAAAUUCCCCCAAGCAAAAUUAUUGCUAUUGUGCAUGACAAUGGUGCACAUUAUAAAAAAAACAUUUUUGUAACAUUUGCCUUGUUUUAUUUGGCAAGUUGAAAGAACA